UGGCGGUUUGAAUUUUCAGCGACCUACUUGGAGGCUUUCACUGUCGAUAUGUGUCCACCUUCACCACGGAAACGCAUCCAAUUCUCUGUUCGAACCCCACUUUACUUUCACACCUUCAGCGCACAUAAUGUGACUCUCUCUCUCUCUCUCUCUCUCUCUCUGACACAAUUACACACGCAAUUUCUCUUUGAUUCGCGAAAUUUCUAAUGGACUCGAUCAUCCUACCGGCGGGCUGUAUUUCCGGCGUUGUAUCCGCUGCAGGAGAUCGUCGAAUACCGUGUACAACCUCAAAGACUAGCGUGCGGCUAUUUUUCUCUACUCGUUCGUUACCACGGUUCUCCGAUCGCGAUCAUAGCCGUUUGGCUGCCAUUCAUUCUGUCGCUGCUGAUAAGACUAAUUCCACGCCUACAAGAGAUGGAACAUAUACAGUUGCUGAGUUUAUGACAAGAAAAGCCAACUUACUUGUGGUAGAACCAACAACUACAGUUGAUAAGGCUUUAGAGAUUCUUGUUGAGAAAAGAAUCACAGGCUUUCCAGUUGUUGAUGCUGAUUGGAAUUUGGUUGGUGUCGUUUCAGAUUAUGACUUGUUAGCACUUGAUUCAAUAUCAGGUGGUAGUCACAGUGACACAAGCUUGUUUCCUGAUGUGGAUAGUUCUUGGAAAACAUUCAAUGAGAUUCAAAAACUACUUGGUAAAACUGAUGGAAAAGUUGUGGGAGAUUUGAUGACACCUGCUCCACUUGUAGUUCAUGACACCACAAACCUUGAAGAAGCUGUAAGGUUGUUGCUUGAAACAAAAUACCGUAGGCUGCCAGUAGUCGAUGAUAAUGGGAAACUGGUUGGACUUAUUACAAGGGGAGAUGUUGUUAGGGCUGCUCUUCAGAUAAAACAUGAUAUUAAGAAAAUGCAAUCAGAGUGAAAAAGAUUAUAAUUUGGUCAUUUGUGAAUCAGCAUAAAGCAACAUGAUGAGGUAUUUUGAUAGGUAGAUAUGUUAAAAUAUAGACAUUUUUUUGGAAGAUUGUAUUCCUAAUUAUUAUUAUACAGUAUAUAAUAGUUCAAUUAAAAAAAAAAGAG